ACAGGUCCUACAGGUAUGGAUCUCUGGCAGCUGCUGUUGACUGUGGCACUGGCAGGUUCAAGUGAUGCUUUCUCUGGAAGUGAGGCUACACCAGCUACCCUUGGCAGAGCAUCCGAGAGUCUGCAAAGAGUUCAUCCAGGCCUGGGAACAAAUUCUUCUUGGAAGCCCAAAUUCACCAAGUGCCGUUCACCUGAACUAGAGACUUUCUCAUGCCACUGGACAGAUGGGGUGCAUCAUGGUCUGACGAGCCCAGGAUCUGUGCAGCUGUUCUAUAUAAGAAGGAGCACACAGGAAUGGACUCAAGAAUGGAAAGAAUGCCCUGAUUAUGUUUCUGCUGGCGAGAACAGCUGCUACUUUAAUUCAUCGUAUACCUCCAUUUGGAUCCCCUACUGUAUCAAGCUAACUAACAAUGGGGGUACAGUGGAUCAAAAGUGUUUCUCUGUUGAGGAAAUAGUGCAACCAGAUCCACCCAUUGGCCUCAAUUGGACUUUACUGAACAUUAGCUUAACUGGGAUUCAUGCAGAUAUUCAAGUGCGAUGGGAACCACCACCCAAUGCAGAUGUUCAGAAGGGGUGGAUAGUUUUGGAGUACGAACUUCAAUACAAAGAAGUAAAUGAAACGCAGUGGAAAGUGAUGGACCCUGUCUUGUCAACAUCAGUCCCAGUGUACUCGUUAAGGCUGGACAAGGGAUAUGAAGUGCGUGUGAGGUCCAGACAACGAAACUCUGAAAAAUACGGCGAUUUCAGCGAGGUGCUCUCCGUAACCCUGCCUCAAAUGAGCCCAUUUGCAUGUGAAGAAGAUUUCCGGUUUCCCUGGUUCCUAAUUAUUAUCUUUGGAAUAUUUGGACUGACUGUCAUGCUGUUCGUAUUCAUCUUUUCUAAACAGCAAAGGAUUAAGAUGCUGAUUCUGCCCCCAGUUCCAGUUCCAAAAAUUAAAGGAAUUGAUCCAGAUCUCCUCAAGGAAGGAAAAUUGGAGGAGGUGAACACGAUCUUAGCCAUUCAUGAUAGCUAUAAGCCCGAGUUCUUCAACGAUGACUCUUGGGUUGAAUUUAUCGAGCUAGAUAUAGAUGACCCUGAUGAGAAGACCGAGGGGUCGGACACAGACAGACUCCUAAGUAACAACCAUCAGAAGUCACUGACCAUCCUCGGGGCAAAAGAUGACGACUCCGGCCGUACCAGCUGUUAUGAACCUGACCUCCUGGAAUCUGAUUUCAAGGGUGACGAGAUCUCAGAGGCUGCUCAGCCACAGAGGUUAGAAGGGGAAGCAGAUCUCUUGUGCCUUGACCAGAAGAAUCAAAGGGACUUACCUUACCAGGACAUUUCCCCUGCCGCGCAGCAGCCCCACGUCGUCGUCCCCGCAGAAGACAAACCGCGACCGCUUCUUGCUGAUGAAAUCGAGUCAACUCUUCAAGCUGCACCUUCUCAGCUCAGCAAUCCAAAUUCACUGGCAAACAUCGACUUCUACGCCCAGGUUAGUGACAUCACGCCAGCAGGGAGUGUGGUCCUUUCCCCGGGCCAGAAGAAUAAGGCAGGGAAUUCUCAGUGCGACGCUCAUCCAGAGGUGAGCCCAUUGUGCCAAGCCAACUUCCUCAUGGACAACGCCUACUUCUGCGAAGCAGACGCCAAGAAGUGCAUCACCACGGCCCCUCAGGUUGAGCGGGAAUCGCGUGCCGUGCCCAGCUUUAACCAGGAGGACAUUUAUAUCACCACGGAAAGCCUUACCACUACUGCGGGGAGGUCUGGAGCAGUGGCAGCCACAUCGGGUUCCGAGGUGCCCGUCCCAGACUAUAGCUCCAUUCAUUUAGUGCAGUCUCCACAGGGCCUCGUACUCAACACAGCACCCUUGCCUGUGCCUGUGCCUGUGCCCUUGCCUGACAAGGAGUUUCUCUCAUCGUGUGGCUAUGUGAGCACAGACCAACUGAACAAAAUCAUGCCUUAGCUCUUCUUAGAUUUCCCAAGAGCUACUAUGUCUUUCAUGGCAAAGGAUUGGCUGGGGCAUGAAUGCUUAAACCAAAUCAAUGUGUAAACCUUGCUAGGGGUGCAAUGACAGAAUAGGAGGUGGAUUCUAAACGCCUUUUUUGGAAAUGUUGAGACAGGAUAUUAAAAAGGAAAAAAGAAAAAAAUUAGAAGAAUGUUUAAUCAGAUAGCUACUCCUAUUGUGAAUUGUAAAUAUUUUAAAGAAUUGUCUCAGACUGUUUCGUGGUAGUGAUAGUCUCCUUGUGGUGGGUGUUAAUUUUGUGAUACUAAGCAUUGAAUGGCUAUGUUUUUAAUGUACAGUAAAAAUCAUGCUUUUUGAAAAAGCGAAAAAUCAGGUGGCUUUUGCAGUUCAGGAGAACUGAAUGAGAAUCAUAGCACAGGCUAAUUUUUGUUUUUCUUGUUAAAUAAUUGGGACUUGAAAACUAUAGGGAAGAAGGCAAAACUAGUUUGGAUAUAUAAAAUAUACAAAGCAUUUAUUUUGACAUAAACUUGAUAAAGAUAUUUUUAAUAAUUUAAACUUCAAGCAUGGCUGUUUUAUAUCACAUUACACACUGUGUACUGAAGUUGGAAGGAUGCAGCCACAGAAUGUGGCACCUGCAGUUGGAAGCUGGCUUAAGGCUUUUGAUCGGCGCGCCUAAGGAAAAACACACAGGUUUUUUACAAGACCCUUUUUAUACCUCCUCAAACUCCUUGAUUCUAAAAUGACUCUAGAAAGUUACAUAUUGGAACACACUUAUUUUAUCAGAAUUUGCAAUCAAAGGUUUGUGAAUUUAGAAACAUUUUUAAGUCUUUGCACAAAUACACCUACCAUGAACCAAAAACACAAACAGCACUUCUCUUCACCCGAUCUUGGUUCACAUGCCACAGAGUUCCUGGCCAAACAAAGUGGAUGUCACUGCUGCUUCACGGCAAGCAGGAGACCCACGUGCUGGGGCGGCCCGCAGCACGAGCUCUCAGAACACCCUGCCAUCUUGGCAGCAGAGCCCUGGCAAAUGGAGUUCUGCUUUAUUUUGUACUGAGCUGAAGCAGGUCAAAUGAAGCUAGCUGGUAAAGAAACGAGCAGAUUUAAGAAUUAGGUUUUGUGUACCUUGUCAGUAUUCGUGGUAACAAGAAAUAAAACAAACAGGGCUCUCUGUACCCACAGAUAACUCAGAAUGCUUAACCCAGGAGUAGAAACCUUCUCACCAAGCAUUUAUUGGCUUUGUUUAAGCAAUGAAAGGAAACAUUUCAUUUUUUCUUCAUUUUCCCUCAGAGUAGGCUGGCCUCAAAGCAGGUAGCCAGAAAAAAUAAAUAAAUAAAAUAAUGAAGGUAAUAAAGGGACUUGAGUAAUUUAUACAGUAUUUAAUUCUCUAAUAACCUAUGCAUCCUUCUUAGAAGCAUAGGCACAGUUCCCAAAAAGAUUAGAAAAAUGAAAAUUCUUCCUAUUUUAAGGAUUUUUUUUUUUUAGUUCAAAACUUUAAAGUUAGCAUUCACUUAAAUAACAUUGGCCGUUUAACUAGGACCCUUUUAGGAAGCAAGCAAAAUGACUGAUUUGUUACUUCCUUCUUUGUUACAGGAAAGAUGGUGAGAAGUUAGAUGGUGUUUAAAGUUUACCAUGUUACCUUGUAGUCAAUGUUUAAUAGACUUUCUGCUACCUUGCUGCUAUGGUCUUCUCCAAGAGCUACAUAAUUUAGUUUCAUAUACAAUAUCAUCACUGUAGAAUCUAAUUCAACUUAAAACUAUGUGUUUGGAAGAACUAUCUUACCAUUUCACAAUAGGCUAACAACAUUUCUAUAGCCAAAAAUAGCUAAAUACCUCAAUCAGUCUCAGAAUGUCAUUUUGGUACUUUGCUGGCCACACAAGCCAUUAUUCACUAGUAUGACUAGUUGUGUCCUGCGGUUUAUAUUUAACUUUCUUUAUGUCUGUGGAUUAUUUUCCUUCAAAGUUUAAUAAAUUUAUUUUCUUGGA